CGAAAUCCAGUUUUUUGCGAACACAUGCCAAGCUGAGAGCUUGUUUUUUUUUAUUUAAAUACCUUUUUGUAGAUAAAUUAUAGAGUACAAAAUUCCGGCACAUAGUGAAUUGCCAUGAAUUUCCAGAAGAAGCUGGAUGACUUCACCCGGAACUUGGACUUGGCCAAGUGGUACAUGGGUAUAUCGGCGCAGCAGGAGGACACGAUGUUCACCAUGUCGGAGAGCCUGCGGGAUGACUUCGAGCAGGGAACUGGGGAGAAGAUGUUCAAGAUGCUGAUAGCCCUGGGCCUCCAGCCGGUGAUAUCCAAAAAGAAGAUCAGCCGGAUCGUGCAGUUGAGCAGGAAUAACAUACUGGCCUUCCUCUACUUUGUGAUGGAGGGCUACUACAAGACGAAACAAAAGGAUGGCGUCUACAGCAUUAACGAGCAGCUGCUGAUGAAUGCCAUAGCCAAGAUCGAUAUGUUGCCCACCAUUCGAGCUCUGGACACUGUGCUGCCCCGGCCUCCGGUUAAAAUACCAGAUCCACAAACGCAAUCCUUAGCUUCCCUUACCACCACGGAGCGUCCACCAAAGAAACCCUGCAAGAAAUCGCCCUACUUCCUAAAGCAACCAAGACCCGUUCCAAGGAUUUCACGUCUGACAGCGAAGAUUCCUGAUUUUGUCGUAUCGUUCAGCUUUUGGCCCAUCGAUGGUCCGCCCGAUUAUGGCAAGGACGAUGAGGAGCCUUGGUAUGCGGCGUACCGACUGAAUCCCGGCCAGCGGCUGAUCAAGAAAACCCUCUCCGAGACCCUGGAGCGCUACUUCAAACUGGCAGUAGUGGAGGGAAAGCAGGAGGAGCAGGAGGAAACCCCAAAAAGCCGGGAGCCCGAGGCCAAUAUGUGCUUGGUGCACAAGGAACAGGUGUUGCAGGCCCAGCUACUGAGGGAUGAACUGGCGGUUAAGGCGAGGGAUCGCUGCCUGGAGCUCCUCGAUGUGAACGAGCCGUACGCCAAACUGCGAAAGGCCAGAAUCGUCGCCCAGUUGGAGCACGACAUCGAUGUCAUCAUGGCACGCCACCGGAACGCCAUGCACUGCGACCAGACCAAGGUGCUGACCAUUGAGAACUUCGACUGCGUCCUGUGCCAGAAGAUGCUGGUAUCGCAGCCCUGGCCAGAGCCCAUGGAUCAGGUGGGUCGUGCUCUGGUGGGCGAGGAUUGCGCCCUAGCCCAUACGACUUUGGAUACUUACCGCGGAAAAAGGUUGGAGGGUGGUGCAGAGCAGCCGAAGAAUAAUACGGAUCGCACAGUAGUCCAAACGGCUCCAAUCGAUACUGGCUGCAGAAAGGGAAAGAAGAGUGAUGGAGUGAAGCAAUUAAAUAAGGAUGGCACAGUAGCACAAACGGCUGCAAUCAAUAUUUGCCGCGGAAAAAGGCUGGAGGCUGGUGGAGAUAAGCCAAAAAAUACUGAUCGCACAUUAGGCCAAACGGCUGCAAUUGGAAAAAGACUGGAGGGUGGUGGCGGAAAGCCGAAGAAAAAGGACAAAAAGGGGAAGAAGGAGAAAAAAGCGAAAGUAGUGCAGCCGGAACCAGAACCUCCGAAACCGGUGAAGGUAACGCCCUAUAAGCCACCGCCCCUCAAACUCUUUAGCCCCCCCUUCCGGAUGCACAACGUCGACUUCAAGGAGAACUUGCCGGUGUGUAAGCAAGUAAUUGGCCCUGUGGAGUGCGAGGUUCCGCCGGCGCCCAAAAAGACGGCCGUAUCAUUUCUUCUGGCCAAGGGAAAGCUGGAGGGAAAGGCUCAUAGGUGCGAUAUGCGCAUGCCCAACCACAAGCAGGUGAAAACUAAGUUCUUUCGGGGACCCAGAUCGAACAAACCGUACAAGUUCAAGUACCAUCGGGUCUUCCAAAGCGGCCAACCGAAACCCUUUGAUCUGAGUCAUAUUGUGACCAAGUCGUUUGUGAAGGCGCUGGAUAAGUCGGAUGAGGACGAAGUCGAUGAUCCCUUUUACUUGAAGAAUCUCUUGACGGAGAUGGUGAUUGAAGAUGAGGCGCCUCCGGAUACCAAGUCUGAAGGUCCUCCUGACGACGAGAUGGAAAAGCAACCGAUUCAGGCUAACCAGCCACAGUUAGAAAUCUUCAGAGACCUGGAACUGAAUACGGCGCCCCACAGUCGGGAGACGUUGGAUCGUUCGAGCAACCACAGUUGCCGCAGCCACAUGAACUACAAGGCGGAGAUCGUGGACGCUGUGGUGAGAUGUGCCAAGGCCGUUUGGCAGAAGCGCACCUUGAUCAAGCGGGCCGAGAUGGAGCGCAUGGGCAGGUUGACGCCGCGCAAGGCAUUGACCCACAGGGAUACGCAAACGUUUGAUCCCAACGACGACGCCCAGAUGGACCAGUUGCUGAAGGAUGGCAUGCGGGUGCUCAGGAAGGAACCCCGCUAUGUGCUCGCCUGUCUGCCGGAUGCCCACAAGCUGCCAGUGCUGCGGGAGUGGAUCAAGAGGAGGUACGGCAAGACCUACAGCCAAAAGGAGCUCGAGGACAAUUUAACCGAGUCGAACCGGAUAUUCGAGCUGGUCACCAUCCUCCAGAGCACUCCCACCAGCCCCGAUCUCAUGGGCAUCGAUCGUAUGCCCAGGGCCAAGGAGAACUUCAACUACUACAAGCAGAUUAAGAAUACGGCUGCCCUGGCUAUGCAAGCGUAUCACGAUCAGCUGAAUGCCAGCUACCUGGCCAACAUGAGCUCCGCCUGGUACGCCAUGGGCAAUUACCUGGUGCCUGGGGGACCUCCACGCAGGACCUUCUUCGCGUACAUAGCCUCCAAUCCGCAGGAGAUCAUGCGCAAUAAGACAUGGAACGGGGACUUCCGGAACUACCGCUCCAUGCGCGACAAGAGGAAGGAGACGGAGCGGCUUUUGGGCAAGAAGGACUAGAUUACAAUAAAUGAAAACCCUUUUUCAAUAUGGAA